GUGGAUGGAGGGUGUGUGAGAGUCCAAUACAUCUGGGGGGAACCGUACUGAAGAAGGCUGAGACAGGGCCCUCCCUUCAGGUGUUCCUUUAAAGCUACUUCCUAAGAUGUCUGAUUUGUUAAUGCCCUCUGCUCAAAACAACACGGAUGCUUCACCUCAACUCACACCUUUUAAAUGGUCAAACAGCAAGGUGGCAUUGCAGGAUGUUCAUGCUGGCUCACAUCAAAAUUUACAAUGCUGUGAGAUCCUUUUGGGUACUGUCUAAAAAAAAUGGGGCUGUUCAUCCCCUUAUAGAAAGGCAUAUGCAUUCAUGUAAAGUUGUCACUGCUACUUCUUCACCAAUCUUGACCCAAACAGUUCUGUCCUCAUAGGACUAGGGUGCGUUCUGUGUGUCUAGCUAAGGAAGUCUGUGGGUCCACUGGAUUGACUCCCUCAGCAGAAGGACUUUGGUAAGACUAGGCAAUGGAUGUUAUCCCUCAGCUAGAUUGGCUGCUCCCUUUCCUGGCAGCCUUAGUGGACAAAGAGAAAGAAAGAAGCAGUGAAGCUGUGGAGCUAGUGAUGGAAAGGGAACAUCCCAGCAGCUUUUGGACUCUCAGUGUAAACAUAUCUGUGGACAUUAUGCAUAUUUUCUAGUUCCCGGGCAUCUCAGGCUCAUGCCCGUCUCAACCCGUCCACGCCUGCAAUGGGAUGAGUCUCUGAAUCCCUUGAGGAUCAGUGUGGGCAGCCUUCCAGUGUUGGCUUCCAUGACCAAAGCAGCUGACCCCCGUUUCCGCUUGCGUUGGAAGGCCAUUUUAGCAACCUCUCUGGCCUUGGUCCUUGUCCUGUUGCUUCUCUGCUUCCAGCGCUCACCCUCGGCUAGUAGGCCAGUUCUUCCCAAUGCUCACAACUGGCAGCUCAGUGUGCUGCCAAAUGAACGGUACAAUGACACCUACCCACUUUCACCACCCCAGCGCAUUCCAGAAGGUGUGCGCUACCGCAUUGGACUCAUUGCUGACCUCGACACGAACUCCAAGGGUCCCAGUGAGCAUACUUGGUUUAGCUAUUUGAAGAAAGGCUACUUGACGCUGUCAUCUAGUGGAGACCAUGUCUCUGUUGAAUGGGAUACCCAGGAUUAUAAACUGGAAUCUCACCUGGCUGAGAAAGGACGUGGCAUGGAGCUUUCAGAACUGGUAGUUUUCAACGGCAAGCUCUAUGCUGUAGAUGAUCGCACUGGUGUAGUCUACCAGAUUGAUGGCACGAACGUAGUGCCUUGGGUGAUCUUGUCUGAUGGAGAUGGUUCCAUUGGCAAGGGGUUUAAGGCAGAGUGGCUGGCAGUGAAGGAUGAGCAUCUAUAUGUGGGAGGCUUGGGCAAGGAAUGGACAACAACCACAGGAGAGGUGCUAAACGAAAACCCUGAAUGGGUGAAAGUCAUCGGCUAUAAAGGUGAUGUGGCUCAUGAGAACUGGGUGGCCAAUUACAAUGCACUCAGGACAGCUGCUGGGAUCAAACCUCCAGGUUACUUGAUCCAUGAGUCUGCCUCCUGGAGUGAGAGACUCCAACGCUGGUUCUUUCUGCCACGCCGUGCCAGUCAUGGGCGCUACAAUGAGCAGGAGGAUGAGCAUCGUGGCACUAACUUACUUCUCAGUUCCACACCAGACUUUGCCGGUAUCACUGUGAGCCAUGUUGGUGAUAUCAUCCCUACUCAUGGCUUCUCCUCUUUCAAGUUUGUACCUGACACCGAUGACCAGAUAAUUGUCGCAUUGAAGUCUGAGGAGGAUGCUGGACACGUGGCGACGUACAUCACUGCUUUCAUGCUGGAUGGUCGUUGCCUGCUGCCAGAAACACGCAUUGGUUCUGUCAAGUAUGAGGGAAUCGAGUUUAUCUAAUUGAUAGAAUGGAUGCUUGUGGAACAGUGUCAGUGAACUUGAAGGAGGGGUCGAGAACAGAAGUUGCAUUCUAGGCAUCUUCUUCUGAGUGACUGAGAUGCAGAACACAAUGGGACAGUGGAGUGCUGCCUUGUCAUAGUUUUCACCUUUAUAAAAUUGCUCCUGUAAUGCUGGCCUGUUUCUGUGAUGACCUCUAGUGGUGCAGAGUGGGCAGAGCCCCUGCAGUUUUAAUGCUCCUGCUUCAUUGAACCCUGCGGGGGAACUAGACUGGUUUCCACCUGGCCCCUUACAUUACUCAACUGAUUUAAUGAUUUGGCACAACUCCCAUGAAGAGCUGGCUUGAUCUUUCCCUACAACAGGUCACCACCCACUUUUACUAUGAUUUAUGUGUGCCUUUGCGGUUAAAGUAAGGUAUUCACUCCUGAUUGCCUGGCAAGGUUAUCUGACUUUUCAGAAGGUCUUCCUUUAGCUCUUAACUAAUUAGUUUUGAUUCUAUCCAAAUGGACACUUCAUCCUAGAUGGGCCCUGGUCCAGAAUAUGCCAGAUAUCAGAGCUGGGAAAAGUUACCUUUUUGGCACUAUAACUCUUGAGCUCUAAUAAAAAAAUAAUAAUAAAUUUUCAGAGCAACAGCAAGGGAGAGGCUUAACAACAUAGCUCAGAGUUUUUCUGAAUGGAGCAAAAGUAUCUUCUGUCUUACAAUUCAGGCAGAGGGCUUGUUUCCAUAAAGUACUCUAUGCCAUCACUAAUACUGAGAGUUGUAAGACUCCAUCAUAAGCCAUGCUUGCCUAGUAUUCUCUUUAGGAUACUGUCUACUAAAUAUUUCAGUCACAGGACAUGUAUAGGAGCAAUUCAUCCAACUCUGGCCUUCAUAAUCCUUUGUUUUUUGUUUUUUGUUUUUUUAAGGGUGGGUUUGGUUUGGUAUCAGAAAGUGUAUAUCAUAUAGGAAUACUGCAGCUGAAACAAGCCGUACCUAUUUCUGCUGUUUUAUCUGGCUGUAGUAUGCAAUGUUCCUUUGGGACAGGAUGGGUCAUGUGAACCUGGUUUAUCCCAUCCCACCCAUCUUGAACAUUUUACUGUGCUUUUACAGUGGCUCUAGAACUGUGUGUAUUCUCACAAUAAAUUAUGAACUGUUUUCCUAG